AUGUAUACUCCAGUCCUCUUCGCUCUGAUCUCGUUGGUCGUUGCUGCCCCAUUGACGAGAGUCGACGGCGAAGAUGGCAUCGCUGGCAGAUGGAUCGUCAAGAUGAAGGGCGACGUAGCAACGCAAGCUCACAACGACCUUGUGGCAUCCAUGUCCACCAAACCCGAUUACGAAUACGCAAUGCCUGGAUUCCGAGGAUUUGCCGGCAGUAUCUCUGAGGAAGAACUUAUUCGACUUCAGGCUUCUGAGCAUGUUGAGUACAUCGAACAAAACGCCAGGGUUCAUAGCAACGAGAUCGUGCAACAGUUGAACUCUACGUGGGGGUUGGCUCGUAUCUCUCAUGCCGAGCCGUAUCAAACGAGUUAUCUUUUCGAUUCCAGCGCUGGGGAGGGUACAUGCGCGUAUGUUACCAACCGUAUUUGCGCCUAUGUGAACUUCGCUCACAAAGCGACUGCAGAUACGUCAUUGACACAGGCAUCGAGGUUGAACAUCCAGAAUUUGGAGGGCGUAUGUACGAACCGUUCAGCUCGGGAGAUACGCGCUAACGAACUGAAAGGUGCUCUCUUCUUAGCUGACUUCAGCGGUGAGGACACCAUGAUCGACGCCAUGGGCCACGGAACUCACGUGGCUGGCACAAUCGGCUCGAUGACUUGGGGCGUGGCAAAGAAGACAACGCUGCUCGCUAUCCGUGUACUGGACUCGUACGGCUCUGGUACGACCGAGGGCGUACUUGCGGGUAUGGAGUAUGUUAUUACCGAUGCAGCAAAACGUAGUGAGGCUGGAGAAUGUCCCAACGGUUUCGUGGCCAACAUGAGUCUUGGAGGGCGUAAGAUGCAGGCCCUGAAUGAUGCUGCCGCUGCCAUCGUUGCCGCGGGAAUCUUCCUUGGUGUCGCAGCGGGCAAUGAGGGACGCGACGCCGGAUACUCGUCCCCGGCAUCUGAACCUAGUGUCUGCACCGUAGGUGCUACAGCAAUUAACGAUACUCUCAUCGAAUGGUCUAACUAUGGACCUAUUGUCGACAUUCUGGCGCCCGGCGUUGAGAUCACCAGCACUUGGAUCGGCAAAUCGAUCGAUACGAUUUCUGGAACUAGCAUGGCAACCCCUCAUAUCGUUGGUUUAGCCGCGUACUUCAUGGGUCAAGGAUGGCCAGUGGAAGGGUUGUGCGAAAGCAUGGCUGGCGUUGCGACAAAGGGCGCGAUCGAUGAAAGUACUCUCCAUGAUAACACACCGAAUCUUCUAGCUUUCAACAUGGCCGAAGCAUCCCAGCAGUACGGCAGACGUACAAAGCGUGUCGCGUAG